UCUCUUACAAACAACAGUUACAAAAAAAAAAGGAUGACAAUGAAGUGUAGAAUAAAAAUAGUGUCAGAUUCUUGUCUCUUUUUCAUAUAUGAAAUCAACAUUCCCAUCCUACUUUAAUCUUUAGCAUCAACAACCACCCAUGUUCCUCUUCUUUUUCUUGCUUUUGCUUACAUUACAUAACAUAACACCCCCAUCCAUCCCAUUCUCUCUCUAACCACCACCUUUCUCUCUCUACAACUCACCUCCACCACCAUUGAACAUAAUCUAGGUAGCCCGGACACUUCUUUCAAUUGGCUUUUCGGACACGAAAUUUCAUUUUUUUUUAUAUAGGUUGCUUUAAAAUAACACUGUUUUACCGUGUCCGAGUGUCCUGUUUUUCCGUGUCCGUAAAGAACAUACUCAUAAAGCUUAAAGCAUUUUACUUUCAGAUCUGGGCCUUCAUAAAUAAUCAUUCUUGGUUCAUUCAUUUCUUGGCUUUUUAUAAGGGUUUUGAAGAAGGUAAUUUGAAGUUUAUGUUUUUGAUUCUGCAUUCUUGUUAUGGUUAUGAAAUUCUUGGAUAUGAAUUGCUUGUUUGAUUGGUGAAAUCUUGUCUUGGUUCUUGAGUUAUAAAAUGGAGAAUGUUCAUAUGUUUAUUGUAGUAAAUUUGUUGGUAAUACUCAUGUUUGUUGGCUAUGGAGAAGCUCAGUCACAGUCUUAUUUGAUAAACUGUGGAACAAAUGGUAGUGUUAUGGUUGAUGGUAGGAGAUGGAAUGGUGAUUUGGUUUCUGAUAACAAUGUCACUCUUGGUUCUUCCACCUCUAGUGCAGCUACUGGUGAUUCAAUCUUGGGUCCAUUGUAUGAGACUGCUAGGGUUUUCACUGAUAAGCUGAAUUACACUAUUAGAGGGAUGCAAGGGAAUUACUUUGUUAGGCUUCAUUUUUGUCCAUUCCCUUUUGAGGAUACUAAUGUUAAUGAUUCCUCAUUCAGUGUCAUGGCCAAUGGUUUGAAACUAGUGUCGGAGUUUAACGUUCCGGGUGAGAUUUCGCAUGCGAAGUUUUAUGUUGAGGGGUCUAGUGGCAAUUCGAGUUCUAUGUUUUUGAUUAGAGAGUAUGUUCUGUUUGAUGUGGAUGCGCUUUUGCUUGAGUUUGUUCCGUCUAAAGGGUCGUUUGGGUUUGUGAAUGCUAUAGAGGUUGUUCCUGUGGCGGAUAGGCUUUUUGUUGACUUGGUUGGUAGAGUUGGCGGAAAUGAGGUGAAUCUGAAUUUGAAUGGGCGGGGAAUUCAAACUAUGUAUCGAUUGAAUGUAGGAGGUCCCGAGAUCAAAGCAAAUCAAGAUUCGGAAUUUUGGAGGAUGUGGGAAAUGGACUCUAGCUACAUGAUCACUGAAAAUGCUGGUUCUAUGAUCAAAAAUAGUUCCAACAUCACUUAUGCUUCGAGCAAUGAUUCCUCAGUGGCGCCUCUUCUUGUUUAUGAAACAGCAAGAGCUAUGUUCAAUACUGAAGUCCUAGAGAAAAGGUUUAACAUGUCAUGGAAAUUUGAAGUGGAUCCUGAUUUUGAUUAUUUGGUCCGACUACAUUUCUGUGAGCUGGAGUAUAACAAAGCAAACCAAAGGAUUUUCAGGAUCUACAUAAACAACAAAACUGCUGCUGAUAAUUUUGACGUUUUAGUGCGAGCAGGGGGGAAGAAUAAAGGGUAUCAUCAUGAUUUUUUUGAUUCAGUUUCCUCGAAAAUCAACACGCUUUGGGUUCAACUAGGUCCUGACACUGCAGCAGGUGCUUCAGGAACUGAUGCUUUACUGAAUGGGCUCGAGAUUUUCAAGCUGAGCCGAAAUGCAAAUCUUGCAUAUAUUGAGCCGUUUGAUUCUACCGGGAAUUCUGCAAGCAAUUCAACAUCUCAGAGGCUUUUGGUGGGAAUUAUAGCAGGUGUAGCUUCUGUUCUCGUUCUUGCAGCUAUUUGUACUACCUUGUUUUGCUUCUGCAGAACUCAUAGGAAAGAGAUAAAUGACACCAAAGAGAGUGCUGCUGGAUGGAGGCCUCUUUUCCUCCAUGGUGCAUUUGUAAGUAGUCUUGGUAAUGCCAAGGGCGUAAUGCAGAGUACACAUGGAUCUACCAUGCCCACAAGAAUUGGCAAGCGGUUUACACUGGCAGAAAUUCGUGCAGCGACAAAAUCUUUUGAUGAAGCUUUAGUGAUUGGGGUUGGAGGCUUUGGCAAAGUGUACAAAGGGGAAAUAGAAGAUGGAGGAACCCUUGCUGCAAUUAAGCGAGCGAAUCCACAAUCUGAGCAAGGCCUGGCGGAAUUUGAAACGGAGAUCGAGAUGCUUUCAAAGCUCAGGCACAGGCAUCUGGUCUCAUUGAUAGGGUUCUGCGAAGAACAAAAUGAGAUGAUCUUGGUUUAUGAGUACAUGGGAAAUGGAACUCUCAGGAGUCAUCUUUUCGGCAGUGACCUCCCUCCAUUGAAUUGGAAGCAAAGAUUGGAAGCAUGCAUUGGUUCUGCUCGUGGACUUCAUUACCUUCAUACUGGAGCAGACCGAGGGAUAAUUCAUAGGGAUGUUAAGACAACUAACAUACUGCUUGAUGAUAAUUUUGUAGCAAAAAUGUCCGAUUUUGGGUUGUCAAAAACUGGUCCGGCUUGGGAACAUACCCAUGUCAGUACAGCCGUGAAAGGGAGCUUCGGAUAUCUCGAUCCCGAGUAUUUCCGUCGACAACAGUUGACUGAGAAAUCUGAUGUUUACUCUUUCGGGGUAGUAUUGUUUGAAGUUGUUUGUGCUCGAGCUGUUAUAAACCCAACAUUACCAAAAGAUCAGAUUAAUCUAGCCGAAUGGGCAAUGAGGUGGCAGAGACAAAAGUCACUGGAGACCAUCAUUGACCCGCGCCUCAAAGGAAGUUACUGCCCCGAGUCAUUGACAAAGUUUGGAGAGAUAGCAGAAAAAUGUAUCGCUGAUGAUGGAAAAAAUCGCCCAACAAUGGGAGAAGUAUUGUGGCAUUUAGAAUAUGUGUUGCAAUUACAUGAGGCAUGGUUGCGUGCCGGUGUUACAGAGAACUCCGUAUCCAGUAGUCAGGCAUUGGAGGAUGUCGAAGACGACAAAGAGAGUAUAGAAGGAAAGGUGCAGGGUCAGCAAUCUGUAAAUGAAGAGACUGGUAGACCUCAAAGUGAUGGGUGAUGGAGAAUCUCCAAUGAUGGGUAUUGAUAAAUCAAAUGCUAGAAGCUGAGAAAUGCAUAGAUGUGUAGCUGUUAUAUAAAUUACAAUGUUUUUUUCUUAUUGUUUUCAAUUCUUUUAUUUUGUUCCAUCAGAAUGAUGAAGAGCAGCUUGAAAUGUACUAUGGUUUAUUUCCAUAUUAAAGCUGAUAGUGAUUUAGAGAGUAAA